CUACCGGACGCGUUCCAGAAUCGCUAAUAGGUAAUGCAAAACUAUUAGAAGAACGUCUCAAACGCUAUGAAGAUGAAAACGAUCAAAUUAGUAGUACAUCAACAUUAAUAGACAGAGUUACAUAUUUACGAAAAAAUCGAGAACAUGAUGUUUCAAAGGCAAUCACUAAUGUUGAAGAUUCUAUGAACGUUGAUCUCUGUUUCGUUUUAGAUUGUACAUCUUCUAUGGGUGGUCAUAUCACUGCAGCGAAAACUCAUAUAUUAAAAGUUGCUAAUUACGUUAACAACAAUAAUUCAAAUAUUAAAUUCUGGGUUGGCUUCUGUGGAUAUCGUGAUCAUAAUGAUUAUGAUCGUUUACAGAUUUUUGAUUUUACUAACUCUCUCAAGAAAUUUGAAUCAUAUAUAACUAAUAAAGUAAUGGCUAAAGGAGGCGGUGAUACACCAGAAGAUGUUCUAGGCGGUCUUGACGCAGCAAUAAAUAUGAUGACUUGGAGCAAUGCCACUCGUAUACUUAUUCAUAUCGGUGAUGCACCACCACAUGGUCGUCGUUUUACUGAAGGAACAAACAUACUAAACAAACAUGAUAGCUAUCCGAAUGGUGAUCCAUAUGGUUUAACCGCUGAAAGUGUGUUAAAAGAAAUGCAAUCAAAAAAUAUUUUAUAUCAUUUUGGAUUGAUUGAUGAGUCUACUGAAGUUAUGCUUGAAAUAUUUAGUGAAAUAAUUGGUGAAUUUCCUGUAUUUGAUCUCAUGACUACAGGAAGUAAUCCUUUGAUAUUAGUAGAUAAAUUCUGCAAGGCUACUUCUUCUGCCAUAUUUUCUUCUAUUACAUUAACCACUACUUUAAGAAAUUCGAAAAGUAUAUACGAUUUACAACGUAAAAAACUUGAAAUCAAUCCAUUCGAACCUGAUUGGACUAAACUUUCAGAAAGAACAGGAGAAAUCUUAUGUUAUGUUCCACCUAAAACUCUGGCUGAAGUUAUGGAUGAAUUUUAUUUUAUUAAUUUAAACUUUACUGUUCAAAACAUAUCAUUCAAGCUUGCUCCGCAACCAUUCUCUGUCGGUGCUGAACGGUAUGCUUAUUUCGCAUUUAAUACUAAACUUGGACAAGAUAAUAAAUUAGUGAUAAAAAAGUAUCACGAUAUUAAAGCAAGCUCCAUGGAACAGUAUUUGGAAUCAGUGGAAAUCUUUAGUAUUGCACAUUUUCUUUCAACAGAAUUCAAUAUAGCCGCCAACCGAGUUGGUAUCAAUAAGAAAGUUACAUUCAUUGAUGUAAAAGUAUUAUGUGAUAAGACAGAUUUCAAUUCUUAUUAUACUAUAGAAAAAUAUAUUAGUAACACAGAGUUUAAAAGGUUUAAUGUGAACAGUGGUAUAAUUACAGAAUUUCAUUCUAUUCUUGAGGCAUUUGCUCAUUUCACGUAUCAAUACACUAAAGGGUAUUUGGUAGUUUAUGAUUUACAAGGAGCAAAUCUUCAUAAUGAGUUUUUAUUAACAGAUCCUGCCAUACAUUGCGUUGAUUUAUUAAGAUUUGGAACCACAAAUCUUGGGAAGAAUGGAAUUCAGAAAUGUUUUUUG